AUGCGGCUCCACCACGUUGUGCUUAUCGCGGUUGCUGCCCUCAUUAACAGUGCCGGGGCUCUCUCGUCAGCUACCGACUCCGACUUGGCACUUCCACUCGCUGGGGCGCAAGACGUUGCUGCCAACAGGCUCCUGAGGGCGGAUGGGGACGACGAAGAGAGGGCGUUCAACAUCAAGACCAUCCCCGGCCUCGACAAGAUCAAGUCCAUCCCUGGCGUCGAGAAGUUCGCGGGUCUGUUCAAGACCAAGAUCACCCCCGGAACGCUGCUGAAGUGGGCCAAGAAGGGGAAAUCCCCAGACAAGGUCUUCACCACGUACAAUCUGGACAAGACCGGCACCAAGCUCUUCGAGAGCCCGGACUUCAAGAUCUGGUACACGUACACGGCCCUGGUCACGAAGACGGACCCGGAGAAGGCGAUCCUCACGUCACUCAUUGGCCGCUACGGCGAGGUCACUCUGUCGUCGAUGCUGGAAGGAGCUCUGAGACUGCCAGGCAUGAAGGAUGUCGCGACUACGCUGCAGAAGAAGCUAAUGCAGACGUGGAAGGAUGUGGGGAUGAAUGCCGACGACGCGUUCAAGUACCUCAAGUUGCACAUGAAUGUCGAUGACGUUCUGACCAACCCGAACUUGAACGCCUGGACUAGAUACGUGGACGACUUCACGGUGAAGAGGAAAACGGACACCCCCUUGAUUGAUGUGUUGAGAGCUAAUUAUGACGACGCUGCGCUGCUCAAGAUGUUCAAUGCGGCGAAGGGCAACCCGCAGUCCAAGAGGAUGGCUACCAACCUGGAGGCCGCUCUGGUUAGCAAGCUGAGACUCCAAAGGAUGAGGGCUGAAAUGCUGAGGCACGCGGCAGGAAACUAG